AUGAAGGGUGUUAUGAGAUUUGGUAAAAAGGGUAAGCUCAGUCCGAGAUUUAUUGGACCAUUUGAAAUUUUGGAUAGAGUUGGAACCUUAGCAUACAGAGUUGCCUUACCACCUAACCUUGCGGGAGUACACAAUGUUUUCCAUGUAUCUAUGCUUCGCAAGUACUUGUCAAAUCCAUCGCAUGUGUUGCACUUUGAACCUCUGCGACUCGCACCUAAUCUGUCAUACGAGGAAAAACCUACGCAAAUUUUAGACCGACAAGAGAGGAAGCUACGGAACAAGGUGAUAAAAAUGGUCAAAGUCAAGUGGCUCAAUCACUCGGAGGAGGAAGCUACUUGGGAGACAGAGGAAGACAUGAAGAGUCGCUACCCAGACUUGUUCGUUUCUACUGAAACUUUGCCAACUGCAAUUUGA